AUGGCGAGCCUCUGCGUGACGUCGACGCGACUCGACGCUGCCUUCGAUUGUAGCUGGGCCACUUUGCUAUCGACGGCCGAGACCAACCGCACCGGUUGUGGUCUCUGGGAAUCGUGUGAGGAUGCACUUGGCGCCAAGCUACUGGCCGCGAAUCUCUUCGGCGGCGGCGUUAUUCUGCUUUGGACAACGGCGCUCUGCACGGCGAUGGCAGCUCCGCUUGUGCAUUUUGGCUACCUCCACGCACCCGCCAAGGACCUCUCGGCCUUUGAUGAUACGUUCUCGAUGACGUCGGACAUUGAGGGGUCCGCGUACCUUGACCUGGACGAGGAUUUUACGCGUCCUGCCUCGCCGACGAGGCGAAGUUUUCUCUGA